CUACCAUAGCCAGAUUUGAGUUCGGACGAAUUUGAGAAAUUGGAAGAAAAGACAUUCCUGUCUUAGGAGGAAUAGAAAAGAAGAGGUUUAUUAGUAGUCAAAUUUCAUAGAUGGAUCUGGUCCUGCUUCCCCAAGAGAAGUUAUCUGAUUUCUUUAUUUGGCAGAGACAACCAACAGUAAUGACAUACAGAUUUAAGGACAGACCUUCAAUAUUUUGAAUUGCCUUGACAUGGAGCACAAAGAUGAUGAUGAUGAUGAUGUAUCUUUUGCCAAAUGGAUGAGCAGCUUCUGGGGUCACAGCUGGAGAGAGGAGGAUGAGAGAGGACUCCGGGAACACCACCGACGACAAGAUGCCAGUUACAGGAAAACCUCCCUGCCCUGCCCAUUUCCUGUCCUUCCCAGAAUUAUGUCAUCUGACAGCCAUCCUAGAAGGCAUUCUCAUGAGGACCAGGGAUUCCGAUGCCAUUCCUCCACGCGGGAUUACAGAAAAUGCCCAGGGGAUGGGUCAUUUGGGAAGCCAUUGGAAUCAAAAAGAAGAUCCCAUUCCACAGUUCAAGAAUUUUCAGAUUCCUUUGAACAGCAACUAUGCUUUAGAACCAAACGCUCUGUCUCUUUGGGACCUGAAAGCAGGAAGGAGAGAAAUGAAAGAAAAUGCCUGAAGAUGGAGAUAAUAACCCGCAAGAAAGCAGAGGAAGGAAGGAGCUCCAGGAAAGAACACAGAGAAGCAUACAUGGCUCCUGUGUGUGAAAAAGGGCCCGAAUAGUACUUUGUUUCCACAUCACGAUUACGGAUCAUACUGGAUUUUUGAGCCCCACCACCAUUUCAGGAUGUCAGGUGGCAGCUGUAAAAGAGGGUCUGCAGAUGCUGAGUGGCUGCAGUGGGCAGUUGUACUGCUGCUCCUUAAAACGGCGUGAAUCAUGCUCCAACUGCUUCUGGCAUCUUAGUUGAGAGUGUAAUCUGCUUUCUUGCCCUUUUAUGGGAACAAAAAGAAUAAAAGGUAUUUUAAUAGAAUAAAGUAAUUUUUGAAAAUGUAAAAAAAGAUAUUUAAAGAGCCUCCCACACAUCUUCACCAACUCUUUUUCCACCUCAACCUCAUGAGUAGUCUUAAAUAAAAGUCAUUGGUGUGAUUCUAA